AUGUCGGAGUUCUAUAAGGAAACUGCUUCUCUUCUAGCUCACGAGGGCACGGAAUGGACAUUCAUUCCACCGAAUGCACCUAAUUACGGAGGGCUGUGGGAAGCUGGAGUUCGAUCCACUAAACAUCAUCUUCGAAGGGUAAUAGGGGAGCAUACGCUCACCUACGAGGAAUUUUCCACAUGGUUGGCCCAAGUGGAAGCUUGUUUGAAUUCCCGUCCCCUCAGUCAGCUGAGCGAGGACGAUUUGCGUGCGCUUACUCCGAUGCAUUUCUUGAUCGGAGAAGCACCGGCGUUGCUUCCGGACGACGGUCCAUUGGAAGGACCGGACAAUCGCCUGGAUAGGUUUCAACUGCUGCAACGACUGUUGCACAGCUUCUGGAGUCGUUGGUCGAGCGAGUAUCUCCAGCAUCUACAAGAGAGGGGCAAAUGGAGAACUCCGGAGGAAAACAUGAAGGUAGGGCAGUUGGUUCUCGUGAAGGACGGUCGGUACCCUCCGGCCAAGUGGCCGUUGGGUCGUGUCAGGGAGGUCCAUCCGGGACCGGAUGACUUAGAGUGGUCACGGUGA